UACCAAAACAGACCAAGUAAUUCCUCUCUCCCCCUACCUCUCUUGGCGCUUCUUUUCCCGCCCCGAGGACCCCGAGGAGAGAGGGUGCAGGUCUUGGACUUCUUGGACUCUUGGGUUUCUUGGAACCUUGUUUUUCUUUUCGGUGUCGUUUUUUUUUUUUUUUUUUUUUUUUUUUUUUGUGUUUUCUUUGGUCAUUAGUCAGAUGGUCCCGGGCUUCUCCGGGGAGGAGGGAGGGGGAGCCCAGGAGAGCGGCAUUUGCAUGCAAAUGCACCCACCACCCAUUUCUUUCAGAGUCAAGUGUCCCCCCUGUACAUACAACAAACUGUAUGUACUGUACCACUCAUGGGACACAGGUGGACUGACUACCUAUUAUACCUACUUCUACCACAAAUGGCAGUACAGAAAAGACUCGACUCAGCUGGUGGAUACUAAAUUACUAACUGGGUCGGAUUACCCCUCUCAGUCCCUCCGUAUUCUGAUUAUUGAGUCGGAAGUUCAUUCACUCCGAGCCGUGAAUCUUACUAAAAUAGUCCAUCCAGCUAUUCAACUGACCUCCCCCAAAGCCCUGAAUACAUCCACGAGAUUCAUAACUUUCAUUCAUAAACUACCAUCCUCGCACAGUUGCUGUAAAUGUAUAUCGAAGGUCGAAGCAUGGGACCUGACUUACCCGCGGAAACAACGGGAAAAAAAAAGCUUUUCCCCCUGUAGUACCUAGAAGUCUAACGAACGCUUCAAGGUUGGAAAUGUCUCUUCCCAAGGCUCCAAGUCGCUUCCCCCCCGUCUUGGAAGGUGACACCACCAAGGAAAUCAAGAAUUAUGCGAGUCACCUGCAGUUUGACCGCUGAAGAAAACCC